CAGUGUUGCUGUUUGGGGAGUGCAAAGAUGACAGGCGCACCAUGAGCUGAGUCAGGUCAUUUAAAGGAGGUCACUCCUAAAAAUAAUCCAGACGGCCCAGAGAGGAACCUGCAAAACAAAAACACGGGUCGGAGAGCUGAGGGACGCUUCCUCAGACCAAAAAGACAUGGAUGACCUUGAGCAGGAAGGCAUAAACCAGGAGCUGAUUGAGUUUGCCAUACUUGAGAGCAUUCAGGAUGCCUACAAGCUUCCAGGUUCAGUACGAACGGACCGGAAACAAACAAACAGUGAAGACUCCACAAAGAUCAUGGCAGCCAUUGCCAAAGGGGAUGUGGAUUCUCUGCAGGAGCUGUCAUGUCGUGUGUCUGCCUUCACAGAGAGGGACAGCAGCGGUUGGAUGCCGCUGCAUGCAGCAGCUGUGCAGCCACAGCUGGAGAUCCUGCAUGUGGUGCUGCAAGUAAUGUUAUCCACAGACCUGACUUUGGAGGAGCAGACGAAGGAUGGAGACACGGCUCUGAGUCUGGCUGCAGAGGCUGGUCGGGUGGAGAAUGCUAAGAUGUUGCUGAAGCAUGGAGCUUCCCCGCACACCACCAAUGACAGGAACGAGUCUCCUCUGCUAAUCGCAGUGAGACGGAGCUCGUAUGACAUGGUCUUAUCCCUCAUCCUGGGCGGGGCCUUUGUGGAGCAGGUGUGUCUCACUAAGUGGACGGCCACCCACGAAGCUGCAAAGGUGGGUUGCCCAGCAGUCCUGAUGCUGCUGCUUCGACACGGCGCCAAAGUAACGUCCACAAAUGGUCACGGGGUGACACCUCUGGGGAUCGCGGCCGAGCACGGCAACACAGAAGCUUUGGAAAUACUCAUACAACAUGGGGGUGAUGUGAACGCCCAGGCCUGCAAUGGAGACUCAGUUCUGUAUGAUGCAGCUGGCUCUGGAAACCUGGACUGCAUCAAGCUGCUUUUGGAGCACGGAGCCAACCCAAACGUAGCCAGCUACGCCUGCCAGCUGCCCAUCCACAGGGCUGCAUACGAAGGCCACAUACUGGCCUUGAGGACUCUCAUCCCAGUCACUACAAAGAGAGCGAUCCGCCUGUCGGGUCAGAGCCCGCUCCACUCAGCAGCCGACGGGGGUCAGGCUGAGAGUCUCGCUCUGCUCAUCCAGGAAGGUUAUGACGUCAACGCCCUGCUGGAAAGACACAUCUCUGAGAACUACGAUGACCUGAGAAAAACUGCUCUGUUCUUUGCCGUUUCCAACGGUGAUGUGACCUGCUCUGAGCUGCUAUUGGAAGCUGGAGCCCAAACCGAUCUGGACCCUCUGAGGUGCAUCCUGGUUGCUGUACGCGCGGAGAGGUUUGAGUUGGUGCAGCUGCUGCUGUCCUACGGAGCUGAUGUGAAUUGUUACUUCAGAGUGAUCAGCAACACAGUGUUCCCCACCGCCUUGCAGUACUGCCUCAGAGACCGCGUCAUGUUGAGACUGCUGCUCAACAGUGGAUAUCAGGCCUACAAAUGCUUCCAGUGUUUCCAUGGAGACCGUGAAGGAGUGGACUCUGCAUGGGCCGACCUCCAUAAUCAAGCUUAUCGCAUUUACAGCCAACCGAUCAUCAUCUCGUUCUGCGAGUUUGUGUCAGUGUCGUGGCUGGCCCAUCUGGCGGGCAGCGUUGUUAGGGCCCUGCUGGACUACGUGAGCCACGUCGAUAUUUGCUCUAACCUGAAGCGCAUCCUGAAGAGGACGCCGGAGUGGGAUGAGAUUUCUGCUAUACUGAACGAGCCCCGGUCUCUGCAGCACCUGUGCCGACUGGUUGUCAGAGGUCAGAUGAGCAUCAGGAUGCUAAAUGACCCAGAGGCCAUGUCCGCUGCUCCUUUUCCUCCCCGGCUGAUGAGCUACCUGACCUACAGAGAAUACAACCUGUACGGUCAGCUCUAAUCCUCGUGGAAUGCACCUUCCUGAGGAGAAGCACCAAUCAAAAAUAACCAUAGAUUUGAAUGUCCUAUUUUGCGUUUGUAUGCCUUUCUAUACAUGUCUUGUUUUCUGUCUCUUGUAUAAUAUGUUUAAAAAUUCCAUCAAUUCAGCUGAAAAGUCCACGUGUGGCAAUUAAGUAAAAACAUUAACAAC